CUUAUCUCCGUACAAUCUUCAAUCUCAACGACUCCAUCAACCUUCAAUCGCAGUACUCCACAACUAAAUCUACCCAAUCUGACAUAUCAAUCAUAUCAAUCGAGUCUCCCAGCCCUGUCGGAACCCGUCACGCAGUGAGACACAUACACUGCAUAUGGCCGAUCACCACCGCUAAACCCAAUCAAUCCUUCCCGUCCUCCAGUGGCCUCACCUCACUAAUCCACCAACCUCAAGAACAAAACCAAACCAGAAGAAUGGGAAACAUUUGCUCCCGCUCUAAAAACGAGCCCGAGGCCUUUUCCAGCCCCGGUCGCGUCCUGGGCUCCGCCAAUGCUCCCCCCGGAGAAACAGGGAAAUCCAGCUCCGGUCCACGCGCCCCGCUCCCCGCAAAGGCCAGUACGGGGAGGACCCUGGGCGGCGCGGGGGCUCCAGGGGCCGGCGCGGAUACAGCUGAUGCGCGGACGAAUGCGGCGAUUGCAGCGCAGAAACGGGCUGAAUCUACUACGGCGGGCAACAAGGGCACAUUAGGUUCAAAGUUGGCAGCUCAAAAGGCCCAGACACACGCACAGACGUUGGGUGAGGCUAGUCGGGAUGAAAGGGCUGCUAGGGAUGCGGAUAAUGCUGCUGAGGCUAGAAGAUGGCAGUGAUGGAUGUACAGUUUAUUCGGUUGAAGGUUGAAGCUUGAUUCUGGGCCUGGGAUCGCCGGUGUCCCUUUUUUUAUUUUUUUUUUAUUUUUUUUCUUCAUUCUUCGGUUGGAGUUUGGCAGUUAGUCAGCGUUUGGGUUGAGUACAGUGAUCUUUAGCGCGUCGUGACUUUAUUGUGGGCACCGGUACAGAGUACCCGUUGAGGAAUUUGACUAUGAUACCCAAGC